CGAUUCCAGAUCCGAAACCCAAACCCAAGAAAAUUUCCGCCGAAAAUUUUACCAGAUCCCGCGCGCGCGCGCGAUUUUCGCGCGCUUUCUCCUCUCACCCUCUCCCCCUUCCCUUCUCCUCCCCCAUUCGAAAAUUUUCAAACCCCCUCGGCGACCAAACCAGAGCGCGGGGGGGCGAUGGCGGUGCGGAGACGGGGGGCGUCGGCGGUGGCCGUGCACGGCGGCGGCGGCCGGGUGCCGAAGCGGGCGCGGGUGACGGCGGAGCCGUCGCUGCUCGACGUGCGGGCGUUCCCGGGGCAGAAGGAGGAGGGGGAGAAGCAGCCGGCGCGCGGCGGCGGGAAGAAGUCGUCGUCGUCGUCGUCGACGUUCCGGGCCCAGGUGAGGGGGUUCCUGGCGCGGUGCGCGGUGGCGGUGCCGGCGUCGGAGGCGGGUGAGUUGUCGCCGGGCAUGUCGUCGUGGCACGUGGGGUUUACCACCGCCGGCGGCGAGGCGGUGGCGGUGAUGGAGGUGGUGGAGGAGGAGGUGGCCAGGGCCAGGCGGGUCUACUGCGAGCACUGCACUGUUGCCGGCUGGAGCAAGCACCCUGUUUGCUCCAAGAGGUACCACUUCAUAAUUCGCAAUGAGAAUGAAACUGGCACCUCCAAAACCUGCAGGCGUUGCGGGUUCAUGGUGGCACUGCAGGAAACAAGAUGUCCGUCCUGCAACCACGUUGGCCUCUCACGGGAUGAUCCGGAAGAUUGGGACUAUGUGCAGCUGGAGAGUCCACGGCAUCUGCUGCAUGGCAUAGUCCAUGAAAACGGGUUUGGCCACCUUGUUCGGAUUAAUGGCCGUGAGGGAGGCUCCAGCGUCAUGACAGGAUCCCAACUGAUUAACUUCUGGGAUCGGCUCUGCAGAUACCUCAGGGUCAGAAAAGUCUCAGUGAUAGAUGUUUCGAAGAAGUAUGGAGCUGACUACCGAAGCCUCCAUGCUGUUGCCACUGGCUGUUCUUGGUAUGGCCUGUGGGGAUUCAAACUUAGCAGCGGAAGCUUUGGAAUCACACCUCAAGACUACUCCAAAGCUGUAGAAAGCCUAUCCUCAGUGCCACUCUCUAACUUCUUCCCUCACACCCGAUCUCCACGAAACCAGUUACAAAAUACCAUUGCAUUCUACCAAUCUCUCUCAAGGCACCCUCUCACCACAAUCCGUGAACUGUUCGCCUAUAUAAUGGAGCUUGCCACCGGCAAGAGUGUGCACAAAGAGAAAAUGGCAUAUGAUGCCAAUUAUCAAGAGGAAUUCCCUGAAGAGGAAUUACAGCGAGCAACAAACAUUGCUCUCAAAAUUCUCCGUGCUGCAGAUAGAUGGGUUGCUACACGGACACUAAAGGCAGUUACAUCCCAUCCAAUUGGUUCGCCACAGCUGGUCGAUUACUGCAUCAAGACCCUUGGUGGUACAAGAACUGACGAUGGGAUGGUUGUUGCAAUUCGAUGCAACAGUGAGAUGAACACUGUAGAGUACAGGCUUACGACUGAAACCCUCUUCCCACCAAACAACGUGUGCACCCUAACCCAAGACCACCUAUUCCGUGACAUCAAGUUCUUGUAUGAUGCGCUUCUCUACCCAUACACAAUGCAUCCUUAUAUGCCAGAAGAAAAUUAUCAGCAUGCCAAGAGGUCUGCAAUGAUCCUUUUGGACUGCAAGCAAUUCAUCAAGCAUUAUGAUCUGGAAGAAGACUUCUUACCUCAAAACCCAUCCCAGUUGCACAUUUGGUGCCAAGUGGAACUAGCUGACCAGGUUGAUGAUCCACCUUGUAUCCCAGCAGAGCUCAUAACUCUUCCACAGGCAGCAACUAUCGCUGAUCUCAAAGGGGAGGCUGCGAGAGCAUUUCGAGACAUCUACCUAAUGUUACAGAGUUUUGUAGCUGACCAGCUUCUUGAUUGUGCAACUGCAAGCGACACAACACAAAUCAAGCUCUUGUUUGGAGCAAAGGGGGCUGUCCACAUCAAAGGCAGGUGCAUUGGUGGUGAAAGACGGUUUGCAAUUUACCGGAUGGAGAGGGGUGUGGACAAAUGGACAGUUAAAUGCUCCUGUGGAGCAACGGACGAUGACGGUGAGAGAAUGCUAUCCUGUGACACUUGCCAUAUGUGGAUGCACACUAGGUGUGCUGGAAUCAGUGAUUUUGAUAGGGUUCCAAAGAGAUAUGUAUGUAAAUCAUGUAAACUAACCCACAAGCCGAAGAGCAGUGGUCCUAGGCUCAUGUAUAGUAGUGCACCUAACAAAAGAUGUAAGACUGGCACAGGUUCCUUUAGCAAUGCGGCUGAAGGAUUACUGUGGCCUCAAAUCAGCUAACAUGUACAUAACGAUAACAAGGAUUCAUAUGAGCCAUGCCAGUUUUUCAUGGCUGCAAUUAUGUAAACAUUUGUAAUGGUAAGUUGCCUGAUGUCUCAUGAACUUAAUUGAGAAAAAUUUUAUCAGCA